AUGGUAACUCUUGGAACAUCACCUGCCUCUACAGCUGGAGGAGCUUUGCAAAAUCCUAUGGCUUCACAAGCUGCUACUGCUAUUAACUCUAAUCAGCUUGUAAAUCAACUAAUGAAUGUUAAAGAUUCUAGAUGGCUUCAAUUAGAAGUAUGUAGAGAAUUUCAAAGAGGACAAUGUAGCAGAAGUGAUCUAGAAUGUAAAUUUGCUCAUCCACCACCACAUGUCGAUAUACAAAAUGGAAGAGUUACUGCCUGUUAUGAUUCAAUAAAAGGACGUUGUACAAGAGAAAACCCCAAAUGUAAAUAUUUGCAUCCACCACAUCAUUUGAAGGAUCAACUAUUGGUAAAUGGGAAACAUAAUCUUGCUUUAAAGAAUCUCAUAUGUUCUCAAUUAGCUCAUGGAGCUCCACCAGGAAUUCCAAUAGCUCCUCUUGGUCAAUUUGGUCAAAUUGGUCUUCCACAAUCAACACAACCAUCAUUAGUUCAACCACUUCCCUAUCAAUAUUAUGCGGGUUUAACGACACUGUAUCCACCGAUAAUUCAACCACAACAUGAUCCUUAUGCAGCACAAAAUUCUGUGAAUGCUGCUCAAAUUGCUGCUAUUAUUCGUGCUACACAAAAUCAAGGAACUAGUACAAAUGUACCAGGAACCAGUGCAGGUAUCUCUCCAUUAGUAACAAAUUUUAUAAAUCAACAACAAUCAGCACAACAGGCAUAUGCUGCAGUUGUUGCUCAACAAGUUGCACUAGCAGCAACUUUAGGUAAUGUAUCACCAGGUACUGUUACAUCAAGUACAGGAUCCAGAAAAAGGCAAAGAGAUGAAGGGUCACAAAGUGAAAGUCCACUAGGAACAGGAUUAGAUCAAGUAUCUAAUCAUCAAAAUCAGUUGCUUAUGACUGCUAUGGCCGCUGCGAAUGCUAAUAAUAAUGGAAUACCAUGUAAACGUCCAAAUAUUGAAAAUAAAAAUUGUACAGGAGGAACUGGAACAACACCAACAGCACCACAAACAGCUAAUGUAAUUUUUCCACAACAGCCUCAUCAAGCUUUUAACCCAUACUUGUUGCAACAUUCUAUUCCCGGAUAUGUUCCAGCAGUGUCAUUCUCUGUAGCUGGUCCAAUACCACCCCGUUAUUGA